AGAAGAGGGGCUGAAUGGUGGCAUUUCCCCUCAUUUACUAACAGGUGAUCCUGGGAGAUUUAUUAGCCUCUCAGUUCCUCUUCUCUUUAGUGGGGAUAAUAAAACCCACUCAAGAUUGUAGUGAAGAUCACAACAUGAUAAGAAGACACUCACUGUACUUACAAACACACCUGCUUUAGCAAAGAAGCGCAUCAGAAAAGUUGGUUUGCAGAUUCUGUGUGUGUGUGUGUGUGUGUGUGUUCAUACGCGCAUGUGGGUUCUACACUCUACUGUAAAAGAACCUGAAAAGAGAGGCACGUGGUAAAGCUCGCAGGGCGUGGAUUCCUUCAGUCCUGCUUCAAAUCUUUUUGCAGGAAGGGCUUAGAAUCACAGCCUGGAAACUAACUCCAAAGAUGAACCUCCCAUGUCAAAUUUUAGCCAGCUACCUUCUGAUUUUCAACUUUUCCACCAAAGGUGCAUUCCCUGACAAGAAUGGGGUCAUCUGGGGGGCCCUGGACCAUGACUUCUACCUGGACAUUCCUGAUUUUAAAGCAAAUCAUUCGAUAAGUGAUAUACAGUGGAAAAUUGGAACUACCAGGAUUGCACGAUUCACAAAAAGCAAGGCAACUAGCAUGGAGACAUAUGAGGUCUUCUCGAAUGGAACUCUGAAAAUUAAAAAUCUGAUGAGAAAUUACAGCAAUACCUACAGGGUAAAUGUAUAUGAUCAGAAAGGAAAAAACAUGUUGGAAAAAGCAUUCGAGUUGAAGAUUCUAGAGGCAGUCUCAAAACCAGUGAUCUCCUGGAACUGUAGCAACAAAUCCCUGACCUGUGAGGUAAUAAAAGGAUCUGAAAUUGAAUUAAAACUGUAUAAAAAUAAGAAAAAACUCAAAGACAUUCUUCAGAAGGUCAUCACAUACAACUGGAUCCCCAGCUCAAAUCUGUCAUUCAAGUGCACAGCAAGUAACAAAGUCAGCGAGGAAACCAGUGUGGUGGACAUCAGGUGUUCAGAGAAAGGUCUGACUAUCUACCACAUCAUCAGCAUUUGUGGAGGAGGCUUCAUCUUGAUUCUCUGUGUGGCACUGCUCAUUUUCUGCAUCAACAACAGGAAAAAACAGAACCGUCGGAGAAAUGCUGAAGAGCUGGAGAUACGAGCCCACAAAAUAACUGCCGAUGAAAGGGGUCGGAGACCCCUACAAACUCCAGGAUCAACCCCUCAAAAGCCAGCAGCUUCCCAACCUCCCGCACCACCUGGCCAUCGUUCCCAAGCACCUGGCCAUCGUCCAGUGCCUCCUGGCCCCCGUGCCCAGCACCAGCAGCAGAAGAGGCUGCAACCUCCUUUGGGCCCACAGGUUCCCCAGCAGAAGGGCCCUCCUCUCCCGAGACCUCGUGUGCAACAGAAACCUCCCUGCGGAGCCGAAGAAAGCUCAUAAUUUUGUCGUCUGAAACAGGUGGCCCCUUCCUUUAAUUAUGAAGAGGUAGAGACCACCGUUUCCUAUAAAAAGCACUGCGGAAUUUCUCCACUCAGAGUGUGCACGCCUGCCCUACGUCAAGUGAUCCCCAUGUGUUGAGCAUCCUGGCUCCAGAGGCUCCAGGGCCACAGCUACAUCUAAACCUUCUGUCUCACCAUGUGGUCUAACAUCUGGAGUCGCUGGCCUCUCCACAGAUCUCCAUCACGCCAGGAAGGGAAGAACAAUUAAAGAGCAAUUGUUAGGAUGCUGGGUGACCGAGCCUGAAAAUCCUGGAGAUAUUUUGUCUCUGUCUCAGAUCAUCUGCAGAGUUGAGCAGGCAAGUGUUGCUGUGCCUCUGUCUAAAAGCAACCUAUCUGCUUGAGAGACUCAUGGUUUCAUAUGCACUCUGGUGGAUGCCUGCCCACUGUUCUGCAAGUAGAAGUGAAAUAAAAGUGUUGACUUGCCUCCCCCAGUGUCUGUUCAUUGUAGAAAGGAGCCCAGCAUCGAGGAGAGGAAGCUGCUGAUUGAUAAGGAAGCUGGUUGGCGUGACAGCAGGAUCAAAUUUGGUCAACCCAGUUUACCUGGGCCACUUUAAUCCCCCUCAGAAUAACCAGAACAUGCUCCCCAGGUCUCAGCUGCAAAGCCUGGCCCAACAACCUCUUUGUAUAUUUGUAUAAUUGACUUGAAACCUCUGUGCACAAAGUUCAACAAGGGGCACCAGAAAAUUUAAUCGUUAAGGUCUCACUUCCUUGACAUGGUCACAAUGAUCCAUGCAGUCACCCCUGAAAAGAGGGGAAUCCACAAAUACUGCAGAAGCCAUGAGCUCAUCAGUCAACAUACAAAAGGGUAGGCUAAGAGAGAACUCAGUUGAAUCAAAUCCUAAGUGUCUUAAAGCACCAUUAUUAAAAGGUCAGACCCCAUCUCCAGCUAGCUGUCAUGCUAGCUGUACUUUGGGGAAGCAGGGAGACAAAAAGAGUUUUCAGUUAAAGUUCUAAAACAAUAGGCAGUGAGAAGGCACCUGCUUUGAAAGGUUGGUAUCAUGUUUGUGGUCCCGUCAGCCCGCCUUCUCCUUGACUUCUUGACUUGUUAAAACUUGUUAAGCUCUGACAGGAAACGCUGAGGUCUAAACCACAAACAUUAAGUAUAUUCAGGACUUCCUGUGAGAGCUCACUGAAGGUUGAACUGCUUUUUCCUCUGAACCUCAGCAUCUAUUGUUUUAGCACCCAGAGUUAAUUAUUAAGGACAAUAAUGAAUGAAACUCCAUAGCCUCCUGAAAUUCAAAUACACAAAUCCAUCCAGGUAACAAUCAUUGCAGGAGGAGAGUUGAGGGUCUUAGCGCUGCCCCCUCCUCAUUCCUCAUUGCAAUCUGGAGCCAUUCCAUCGGCUGUCCUGCCAGAAUCGCUCAUAUCCCACUCCCUUCAUGAAGCCUUUUCUGACCGUUUUAGCCACCCUGGGCUCUGCCUUUGUCUUGAAAUCCCAAAUGGUCCAGAACAUAUAUUGUCUGUAACUAUUCAAUCCGUCAUCAUUCACUCAUUCAACAAACAUCUACUGAACCUCUAUUAUGUUGGCACUAGGAACACAUAGGUGAAGCUCACAAUGUAGUGGGGGAGGCAGACUAACCAUAGGACAAAUGUGAAAGUGUG